GAGUGGGAGCGUACCCGCCUCAUCCACACGGCAACGACCUCCAUUCAUCCUUCCAUACUUGCCUAUUCUCAACCUCACACUUGCGUCCGCCGUCACCGCCCACCACGGCCACGAGCCCACUCGCUCGCAAUAGCCACCGUCCCGUCCAUCAACAGGCCCAUAACAAUAGGAACAGCUCUCAUUAUCGACUUUCUCCAUUUUGGCUUGCGCGACCGCAUUGUUAUCCUGCUUUGCCCAUUCAUUCGAGUCGAUGUUGCCAUUCAGCGACAUGCCGUGAUCCCCACCGCACCUCACAAUAGUUGGCAGCCACACAGUCACCGACCGGCUCUUUCUACUCGAGACCACCGAUCCACCCGUUCGUCUAUUUAAAUCCCUGGCCGACACAAGCUCGCAAAGCAUCUCCCACCACGACGCUCACUCGCAACUCACACCCUCUUUCUCGACAACGCUACCCGAGCACAGGCAGGCGCGACACCACUCUGCCCACGAGAAUCUUCGCCAUCGAGCCCAGUGCACAAGUGCCCCUGCGAGAACUGGGCGUCGGCCCGUCCAGGUUGCCCGAGAGGCUGCCAAUCACCCCGAAUCGCAGUUCCAGCGAUCCCACAUCCUCCGUCUGCCAUCAUGACCCUCGAUCCAGACAGGUUAGGUGGCAUCGACCUGCCUACGUCCAAAAGGGGUUGCUCGGCAACCAACAGCACCAUUCACACUCCUGGCAGGAUCGCAACACCACCGCCGCCAGCAGACCGCGCCCGCCUGGAAGUCAAGCACAACAUCGAUCUCGGGGUCUCAAGACAUUCUAGGUCAAAUCCGAAGGAAACCGAUGUCGUGCGAGGAGGUUCAUUGGAUGUAGAGGCAGUGGAUAUCGAGUUGCGUCGGCAGGCAAGCCGGUCGCAAAGGGAAUCAACACCAGGGGGAAGUCCUUCCAGGAAACGGCAGAGGAUAAAUGGUGAUAGAUUUAUUCCGACUCGAACAGGCCAAGACCUGCAGGCUAGUUACAGCCUCCAUGAGCCUGGCACGCCCACGGCGGCAAGGUCCAAGAGGCCUUCCCAUGGCGAGUUGAAUUUUCAGAAGACGGAGCAAGCAAACCGGACAUACAACUCUCUACUCCGAGCAGAGCUCUUUGAAGGCUCAAUACCACACGCCACGCCCCCCAUAAUGUCUCCUGACCCUUCUUUGCCAACAUCGGCGCGUAAUGCCACUUCGUAUGAUGGAACGAGAUCGCACACACCCCCGGCGGCUCCAGCUCCGUCCCUGCCACAAACUAUGACCCCAUCUACGCCCCAUAAAAAUCUGUUCACCUACAUGUCACCACGCAACUACAGCGGCGUUCCCGGCCACAUGACACCCUCGAGAACGCCGCAAAGUCGGCAUGGCCCCAAUAUGGAUACCAGGGCCGAAAUUUACAGCUUGUCGCCCGUUAGGUUCGGGAGUCAGCAGAUGUUGUUGAGUCCAAGACGGCAGCCCCGGGCUGUGAGUAAGGUCCCAUAUAAGGUCCUGGACGCACCGGAACUGGCAGAUGACUUCUACCUUAACCUGGUCGACUGGGGCUCGGCAAACGUCCUGGGCGUCGGUUUGGGAUCGAGUGUUUACAUGUGGAAUGCCCAGACGAGUCGCGUGAACAAGCUCUGCACCCUCGAGGAUGACACUGUCACAAGCGUGUCCUGGAUCCAAAAAGGAACGCACAUUGCAAUCGGCACCCACAAGGGGUUGGUGCAGAUCUGGGAUGCCGAGAAGACACGGCGUUUGAGAACCAUGACUGGCCAUACUGGUAGGGUCGGUUCACUGGCAUGGAACUCGCACAUCCUAACGUCAGGAUCCCGAGACCGGAUGAUCUACCACCGCGACGUCAGGAGGCCAGACCAGUGGGUCCGGAAGCUCGUCGGCCAUAAGCAGGAGGUGUGCGGUCUGAAAUGGAACCCGGACGAUGGGCAGCUCGCGUCAGGCGGUAACGAUAACAAGCUUAUGGUCUGGGAGGGCCUCAGCGAGACGCCGCUGUUCAAGUUUUCAGACCACACGGCCGCGGUCAAGGCGAUAGCCUGGUCGCCGCACCAGAGGGGCCUGCUCGCGUCGGGCGGCGGCACGGCGGACAGGCGGAUAAUAUUCCACGACACGCUCAAGGGCAGCGUGAUCAACGAGGUGGACACGGGCAGCCAGGUGUGCAACAUCGCGUGGUCCAAGAACUCGAACGAGAUCGUCUCGACGCACGGCUACAGCCAGAACCAGAUCGUGGUGUGGAAGUACCCGUCAAUGACUCAGGUGGUCAGCCUCACGGGCCACACGUACCGGGUGCUGUACCUGGCCAUGAGCCCGGACGGGCGCACGGUCGUCACGGGCGCGGGCGACGAGACCCUGCGGUUCUGGAACGUCUUUGGGAGGAAGCCCGGGGCCAAGGAGGACAGCGACGGGGCGGGGCGCCUUUCGGACUGGGGCAUAAUCCGCUGAUUAUUGAGAAGAGGAGAGGAAAGGAAGCGAAGGGAAAGCACAUGCCUAUCUGGAGGCAGACAGGCUUUUUUUUUAUCUCUAUCUCCUCCUCUAGGCGUUCUUUUUCUUGGGCGUGGGACGUACAUGACUGACUGACUGACUGACACCCCAUCUUACGUGUAUAAAUGAGACCAUCGUCAUCUUAAGAAGCAAGCAAGCAAGCAAGGCGUUGUCUUUUUUUUUAUCCUCCACCCCAGAGUCUUGUUGUCGUGGCCGGCGCAUGUAACCUCUCCAAGGAGAUGGGAUGGGAGGAAGGAAGGGACACGGAUGGCGUUAUUCUUUUUUGGCGGCAUUGAUAACGAGAGAGAGAGAGAGAGAGAGAGAGAGAGAGAGAGAGAG